UUUACUCGACGACGCUUAUCAAUUUUUUUCAGCGCGUGAUAAGUGGGUCAAACUCUAAUUGAUUGUAAAACGUGCGGCAUAUCUCGUCAAAAUAUAUUUCACAUCUAUUGUAUUGUUACGGUUAUUUUAUCAAGUGUAUAUCAUAUUUCUGAUCUCUGCCAAGUGUGAUAAUGUUUUAUCUCAGUUGCCUGAAUCCUCGCGAUAUGAUAUGGAAACGUUUCAGUAACGUGGAUAUACAGAUCUCCGGUAAUAUUACAUGGAGUGACUUGAGAGAGUGAAUCACUUACUAUAUAAACGUCUAUAUAAGCAUAGGCUAUAUCUGUGAAACAUGAUAUUACGCAAGUUCUCUUGGAGUUUCGUGAUCGCGAAUUAGUGUGAAAAGUGAGAUUUUUCUGGUGGAAACCACGAGAGAGAAAGUUAAAAACUCUCCAUGAUUUGCAAGAAUGGCCGAAUUGCCAAAAAAAGUUGUUGGUGCCUCAAAACCUCAUAGAGUUAUCCGGUUCUUGCGAUUUAACGUAACGUGUAAAGUCGAGCGAAAAAAUAAUUACGGCAGUUAUGAGACACGUGUUUAUAAUUCUGCGAAAUAAUAUACGAUGAAAAAACCUUGCGUCGCACCCAUUCGGCACUAUUUAACAUAGAUUAAAAUUCCAUAUUUCAUAUAGAUCACAUAUUUGCGCAGCCUAGUUCUUUUAAUUUGUGCAAAUGUUGUUAAUGUUAAGAACACUUGUAACGAGUCGCGUAAUGCGAUUAUUCCUUCCUCGUCGCAAUAUCCAUCGAGGAAAUGAUUAAGUGAUUAUGAGAAUGUCGGAUUGUAAAAAAAAAGAGACGCCGCAUACCUUACGUUUACUGAUAUACCGGUGAAUCGAUAUUCAGGGACACCGCGGCAAUAUUACCGCAUAGAGUAUAACCGCACACACGAGCCCACACGUGCACCUACGAACGCACACGUAUGCUUCGCGUAUAGUGGAGGCACAUAUCGAUGAACACCUAUUACCUCUUCCCUUAUGUGUACACGACAGCAUACACGCCUCGCCGAUAUAUGCGUACACAUGACGAUCCGUUGCAUUAUUCACCGGCGACCAACAGUACCGACGCCAUGCGCGGCGCGAUAACAACUAUAGCAUCUUCUCCGAGAAACGCAGAAAUAGACGGUGCACCCGUCCGUCAAAAGCGUUCGAGCGAGGGACGCAUCCACGAAUAAGAAAGGACUCAAAUUUCCGGUCGUCGUCUCGAUCAGCACAUGCAAUGAUUUUGUGAAAAUGAAGGACCGGACGAUGCUUCAUUCUUCUUCACCGAGCCCUGCGAGUUUUUCGACACGACUCGCUAAGACUCUACGUGAAAUUUGUUUCAGGACGAUCUCCUAGGAAUGACACUAUGAAAGGAAAAGCUCACGACUCGACCAUACAAGGUUUUGCGAAGCAGUACCCCGGCUGUACACUAUAUACCAGGAAAAAGUCGGGAGGAACGGCGGUCGCUGGGGGAUCGAGAUCAGGUCGUGGAAUUUUAUUGAGGACCCUCGUGUUUGUUUUCCUGGCUACGUUCCUCUGGCUUCAGCUUCACGUGAUCAGUUUGACGGGUCGAGAUGAUUCCGGACAAUCGUCAACGAACGAGACGCUUUUCUCCCUCGUGCCUCAAGAGUUGCACAGAUUUUUAAAGGAGGGACGUAACGCAUCGACAAGCCUGGUGAAUUCUAGCUCGGGAGCCCUCACGGACUUAGAGAUUACGGAAAUCCGUCAUAAAAUCGAGCGGGCGAAUGCGGAGCAAAAAGUAUACAACGAGGAGGCGUUCGGGCCGUUGGCCAACGACGCUCCAAUUAUAGUUAUCCAAGUGCACACGCGGCUCACUUAUCUGCGCCACCUUAUCGUCUCACUGGCGCAAGCUAAGGACAUCGAGCAGGCUUUACUCGUAUUUAGCCACGACAUUUGGCACCCGGAUAUCAACUACCUCGUUCAAAGCGUCGACUUUUGCCGGGUCAUGCAGAUCUUCUAUCCGCACAGCAUACAGACUCAUCCCCAUACAUUUCCCGGCGAAGGACCCAACGACUGUCCGCGAAAUAUUCGCAAAGAACAGGCCUUAAAUUUAAAAUGCACCAACGCCAAACAUCCGGACUUGUACGGCCACUACAGGGAGGCGAAGUUCACGCAGACCAAGCAUCAUUGGUGGUGGAAAGCGAACAGGGUGUUCGAUCAACUUUCGGUGACGAGAAACCACACCGGGAUGGUCCUCUUCCUCGAGGAGGACCAUUACGUCGCCGAAGAUUUCCUACACGUGCUCAGACUCAUGGAGCGCACUUGCAAGCUCAGUUGCGAGAGAUGCAACGUUCUGUCGUUGGGUACAUAUUUAAAGACGUACAACUAUUUUACGGAUUUUAGUCGUAAGUUCCUCGGCGUCGAUAGCGCUCUGCAGAAGGAGUUGCUCCGUGGAUUAAAGCGGCAAGAGGUAUCGGCGAUGGCGCAGAGGCAGCAAAUCGGCAACGGAUUCGGCGGCAUCGUCACCGUCCCCGGCGGUGGUGGCGACGGCGUCAAUAACCCCGGUGUUAACGCCGCCGGAAUCGGUAACAGGAGUACCGAUGGUGGUGGCGGCGGCGGCGGCGGCAGAGGCAUCGGCAGCGGCGGCGUGUCGUCUACCUACUAUCAGAACGCGCGCACGAUGCAAGCGGCGCCCGGGUGGGCCUUCCAACUUCUGCCCAGCCUCUACAACCAUUAUCAGAAGGCGGAAGUGACUCCGUGGAUAUCCAGCAAGCACAACAUGGGCAUGGCGUUCAAUCGCGUCACGUGGAACAAGCUGCGAAAAUGCGCGGCCCAGUUUUGCUCGUACGACGACUACAACUGGGACUGGAGUCUGCAGUAUAUCGCGCAAACGUGCGUACCGUCCAGUCGGGGCGCCGGGAUAGCGCCUCGCGCUGAAUCCGGAUUGAUCACGAUGACGAUGAGGGCUCCGAGAGUCUUCCAUAUCGGAGAAUGUGGGGUGCAUCACAAGAAGAAUAACUGUGAAUCAACGGCGGUGAUAGCGAAGGUCCAGAACGUCUUGAAUGCGGCGCGCAAUCAUCUCUUCCCCUCGCAAUUAACGUUAACGAUCGCCGGAACGGCGAAGAAGACGAAACUCCGAAAGGGCAAUGGCGGAUGGGGAGACGUUCGGGAUCAUCAGCUUUGCUGGAACAUAACCAUAUAUCCAGAUCUGGUCUUGCCUUGAGAACUACAAACGAUAUUGAUUAUGAUUGGUUCCAAUACGAUCGUGAUACGAAGCGCCGAUUAGUGAAUAAUAGUCAGGGUAUCUAUCGCGGCUAUUCUAUCACGGUAAUCCAAGGAUAUUCCAUUCGACGAUAUUGUUGUAAUGGAAUGUUUAAGGAUGUCUAAUAGGAUGAUGGAUUACAGGAGAAUCCCUCAUCGUUCUACGAAUCGGUUUCGAAUUGCGCUGAACGUAUUACCGUCGCUGCCAGUCAUGAUUAAAGGCGAUUGUAAGACCGCUGUCACUGCCACGAACGGGAGAUUUCUUGUGCAUAUAGAAAUGACUUGUAGACGUUUCUUCGAGACAAAACGUAAUAUUGUAUAUGCAGUAGACGAGAGAAGACAUCGGUCGACUCGACAGUGAGCUCAGAUUGGUGCUAUUCUGAAAAAAAAUGCAGCUUUUUGUGAUAUAUUUAGUUAACCAAAAUUAUGUGUAUUAUAUUGAUAUAAAACAGUGAAAACACCGAAAGCAUUGAGCAGGAGCCGCAAGUGAAUUAGUGAAAAAUAUAUUUCGCGAAAAAAGGUAUUCGAUUGAAGCGCGUUAUUAUAAUAUUGACGAGAAAAUUUAUAGAAAGAUUUAUUUAUUCCAUUUAUUUGUUGCGCUGUCCAUCAAUAUAGUGUGAUAAAAGCGUUGGUAAUAUAAGACGUCGCGUUUCUUCAAUUACGUUUUGAAGCGACGCGCUGCGCACUCGCUCGAAGGACGAGUAUUCUCAAGGACUAUGCGGGAGUAUGAGAGACGGGUGCUCGAUUAGAUUGAAACAUACAUUAUCAAUAUUCUAAAGACCUACGAGAAAUGGCCAGCGAAAAUGGCAACAUGUACGUAUUUAAUUUCCAUGUUGCUUUAAAGGCGAUAUAUAUAUAUAUAUAGAGGAAGGAAGGCUGCACCCUGUACUUCUGUAAUGAUGGAAUUAACUUUCUGCUUCCCGCGGUUUAGCUUCUGCUCUUUUUAAGAUAUUACGCUCGACAAGGGGCGUUUAUCAGGUUCGUAAUCUCAAUUACGAAUUGCGCUCAUCAUAUUCUAGUCAAUGUGUAUAACAUAAGCCGCAGGUAUUUAAUAAUCGAUCGUAGAGAGUAAGCUCGUAAAAAUUAAGAAUUCACACGUACUACUAGUGAUACGCCCUCAAAGGCGUAGUAACGUCAUGUAACGACCUCGGGGAUACGAACGUAAUGAAUGUCUCAUGUACCUUUUAUAUUUAUAACAAUAAAACAACAGCAACGAAAAUAAAUAGAA